GUCGCACGAACGGCUCAUCAGCAUAUGAGUUGAGCUUCUCUCUAUGGCGACCACGAGCGUACCGGAGACUGGUAGUACGAAGAAAUCACGAGCAAUUGCGCUCUCCAGCGAACAUGCUAGAAUCGUUCAGUCAUAUGCAUCAGAUCCCAAGUAUAAGAAAUAUACCCAGCAAGUCGAGAAAUGCCUGAACUCCUUCGAGAACGUCCAGGAAUGGGCGGAUUGCAUUGCUUUCCUCAAACAACUGCUAAAGACGUUUCAAGCAUACAUGCAAUUCAAGGAAAUCCCUCGGAAGUUGGUGGUCGCGAAACGCCUAUCUCAAUGCCUGAAUCCGGCUCUACCGACAGGUGUACAUCAACGGGCGCUGGAUGUAUAUGCCCAUAUAUUGGCAGUUCUUGGGUCGGCGGGACUGCGCCAAGAUCUUGCACUUUGGUCUUCGGGGCUGUUUCCCUUCUUUGAAUACGCUGCAACAUCAGUCAAGCCUAGCCUCCUGAAUCUAUUUGACACGCACUAUCUACCUCUCCAAGAAGGCCUUAGGCCUAUCAUGAAGGCUUUCAUACUCGCUCUCCUCCCAGGCUUGGAAGAAGAGACGAGCGAAUUCUUUGAACAAGUGCUCAGGCUUUUGGACCGUCUAUCCGGAACUGUUUCGCCCUCAUUCUUCCUCCAGAACGUUUGGCUCGUACUGUUGACGACACCUUCUGCCCGUGGAACCGCAUUGAACUUCCUCUCACGCCGACUACCUCGUGUCAAACCAGACGAAUCUAUAUCCCACAUAGUUGGGAACGACAUCGGUCUGAUGAUUCGGGCCUUCGCCGCUACGCUCGAAGAUGAAAACCUGCUCGUCCGUCGGAGCGCGUUGGAUCUUCUCAUUCAGUCACUUCGCAUGGACAGUAUAACUGUGAAGCGUGCUACGCCUGAAGACAAAUCGAUUCUUAUGCGCGCAGCAUCUGGCGUAGUUCUCCGGAGGGAUCUUUCACUGAACAGAAGGCUAUACACCUGGUUACUCGGUUCUGACGAUAACUCGGAUGCCCAGGUAUUGUACUUGCGCGAUCACGGGCUUGAAUUACUGCGAUCGACUUUGAGGGAGGACAUGUUCUCGCCUUCCGUAGAGUACUCGGAGUCGAGGCCCUUCAAGAUACUAAUAUCUUUGAUGGAUAAAUGGGAAGUGGGCGGCCCGUUGAUGGAUGCCCUCAUAUACGACGCCUUCAGAGCAGUAAAGAAAUCCGCAGAGCGCGCAAGAGGAGGAGAAGAUAUCACCAUGACAGCCAGUACUUUAUACGAAGCCGUCGAGCCUCAGGCAUUAUGGCGACAUCUAUUACCUCGGGUGUUCGCCGAGAUCGUUGGAGAUGGACGGGAAAACCAAGGCAUAUCGCUGGCUCGCUUCAUCGUUCAGGAAUUCCGCCACGAUGAAGAAGUGCGGACAGUCCACUUCCCGCUUGUCUCUAUGUCCGUUGCACACGUACUCGCGUACCGAACAAGUGCGGAACCGCAGACAUCACUGACCCAACAACUUCCGGAGGUACUCCGUCUGUUGGAGGACUUGAUCUUGAAGAUUCCGGUUGCAAACCUACGACAUACUCCGGAAGUAAAUGCCUCGCCGUAUCAUGCAGCUUGUGAAUUCUACGGCAUAUCUGCUGCGCUCGAAUUGCCUGCACAGGACGUCAAUUCUUCCUCUGUCUUCGCCAUUAUGUUUGGGCAUCUGGUGAAAGCCAGUGCUGCCAUAGCACGGUUCGUAUCAUCUGGCCCCUUGCCGACAGCGCAAGCUGUACUAGUCCAGGCCUUGGUUUUGAUCGCCAGGAUGCUUCAGCAUCUUGGCGAAAAAUCAGGGGCACCUCUUACUGUACCGUGGCAGCCUGCUGCAUGGCUAACAGCCGUGUUGGGCUGCAUAGAAGGAGAGGUUGCAACCUUCGCCAUCAUCGACCGAGUUGUCACCCUUACUUGCUCCCUUCACCAAAGACAAGAUCUCACGCCCAGACUGUCCAUUUCUGACCGGAAAGCCACUGAAAGGAUUGUUUCCGCUUUAUGGACAUACCUUGAUCCCGAAUUUGCGGCCUACCAUGUUAGAGCCGUCAACCUCAUCUGGUCCUUGGAGAGUUUUGGGGCACUCUCGCAUGUCGAAUCAGUGAUUGCCCGGAUACUGACCACUUCGGAAUCAAGGGAUGUGCAGAAGGCCCACCAGGCUUUCGGCGUCUUGUGGCGCCUAACGGAUGAUGGCUUCCUUCCUGGCUUUAGGCUUAGAGCCCCAAUGUUCAUUGUUCUGGGUACCUUACGGAGUGAUGAUCCGACCAUGCGUCGGUUAGGUGAGGUAUGGAUGCGUUGUAGCUUGAGAUCUUAUGUUCGCGUUCUCGACCCAAUCUUGUUCUCUCUUCUGGACCCCUCUAUCCGACGCAGAUUAGCGAGCACUACAGUUAACGGCAGAGAACUGCCUACUUAUCGAUAUGAGGACUCGAUGGACCAGCGAUAUAUCCACCAUCUCCUGGAAAUUCUGCUUUCCGUGGUUCGGUUCGGUGGUCAAGGCUUCACCAAAACUACCAGGAGUACCCCGGCCCGACGAACGUCAUAUCCGGAGCUGGGAAAACGACUAGACAAACUCGUGGCUUCCCGCCCUGACGUGAGCUAUCUUGACGUUAUAGUCGAGGUUCUGCUACGAUAUAUUAUGUCAGAACCGUCCGUUGGGGCUACGGGAACCAUGGGACCCUACAAUGUGACCAUCCAGUCCGUUGCGAUCGAUAUAUUGCAAGCUCUGGUAUCUCGCGGCGAAGUGGAUGACAUUGCUAUCCAGAAUAUGGAGUCUUCAAUCAUUGGCAAGCUUUAUGUCUCGGUUCACACCCAGCAACUGGAUCUGCAGAACAAGUUGCUCCACCUCCUCCACUCUAUCAUCUCAGCGUCUAAUGCCAUCACGGAUGCACGUUCAAACGAGCAGGUCCGAACUACUGAUGGUCAAAAUGCACCUAGGAGCACGACUGCGGUCAACCCGCUAUUGAUCGUAACUCUGGUGGACUCAAUAUCGACCAGCUCGAAUCGGCCUGUUCUACAACACUGGUUCGAUUUUAUCCUCAUGACGAUUCCGCAGUUCCAACACCUGUUACAAGCCGCAGUGGGCCCGCUCAACGAUUGUGUAUGUCGUCAACUCCACGCAACGCUUCAACGAUUACAGCGAGUAUCAUCGGCGUCGACAACCGGCGUUGACAUUAGGGUUGCUGUUGACGACGCCGAAUUUUCUAUGCUUCUGGGUGCCUUGGAACGACUCGUGCUGUUGCACUUGUCACAUACGCCGGGAUCUAUGCAAUUUGAGGACGAAAACUUCGCCCCCGACAAGGGAGGGUCCGAGACCAGCGGUGGCAUCCUCGGCUAUGUAUCUACUGUUUUCAGCACGGACCAAACCCACCCCCCACAAGGCGAGCACCUCAAUGUCAGGUCGGCUAGUUAUCACUCUCUAGACGAGGCAGUCCGCGUAUUAUACGCAACAUGUGCAUCACUCGAAUGGACGGAUCCACCAACAUGGGACCCCAGAAGCGAAACCCUCAGCGUCAUCUAUACACGAAUUCGGACACGUUGUCGACGUGUCCUGGAACACCUUUUCCGCGCCCAUUCGACUGAAGUGCUGGAAUCACUCAUUCAAUGCUGGAGCAAGACUCAACAGGACACCGGUGGUCGCGAUGUGACUUCGUUCGAAUUGGUAGAUUACUUGGCGUCCAGUGCCCAAACCGUGGUUCACAUGAUUUGCGAAAGCAUCAUGAUCCGAAUAUCGACGAGUGCGGAUAAGUCAAGGAAACAGGGUGUCAAUCCUGAACCAUCCGAUUCUGCUCUGUUUAGGUUCUUGGAACAGUAUAUGGUAGGAUUGGAGGGACCCUUGGUUGCACAGGUCUGGGGUCGCUUUCAGCAACUGACCAAAGAGGUUCUGGGAAACACCCGAGAGUACAAAGUGCAGACUUUUUCAACACUGCGUUGCUUUAGUGUUUUAGCCUCUAAGUUGACGCAGACGACGGCACUGGAGGAUCGCCGUCUUCGCAAGGAACUACAGGAUACCUUCAGUAGACUCCUCGAUGCAUGCGUGGGCCUCGCUGGACGAGAUCAAGGCGGAUGGAUUCGCCGUAUAAACAAAGAAGCUCUAACAACGAAUGGACGGAGCUCGCCCAUUCCUGGCGGUGCUGCCCUUCACCGAGUGGCUUCAGAGAAUAAUAUGGCUGAGAAGUUAGCGCAAGACAGUCCUAUUGCCGUCAGCGUGGAUACAGGGCCGGAUCUCAUAUCUCAGAUUGUUCAGUACAUUGCGACCGAUGUCUUAUCCAACCUACGCGGGUUCUUGAUGGAUAAUGAUAAGAUAGGCAACGCCUGCAACAACAUCGUCUAUUACAUUGUGAAUCCCGCGACGAAAGGCAGAUCCAGGCCCUUCGACGCAGAUGAUACGGUUGUCAAUAUCAUACAUGAGAUGACUCGGAUUCAAGGUAGCCUGAAAGUCUGGCGCGGACCUGUGAUGGAGACACUGGCAGAUAAUCGCGUGUUCAAUUCAACACCGAACGGCGGCGCAUGUUGGCAACCGAUCGUUGCUGCACUUGUUGAUUUCGACAAGACAGCUUUCCCCGAGCUUCUCGGCAAGGUUUACACUGCUCCUUCCGCCAACAUCUUCGUCAACCGGGAAUACGAGAUGUUGCUGCAGUCGCUGAAUCUACGACGGCUGUCCUACGUUCUUCUUGCGGGAGAAAAAAAUCACUUCCUUGCUCAACUGCCUUCCGUGCAAGAGAAGCUGGUGGAGAUUUUCCGCAAUGUGUCUUCACCAGUGGUGCAGAGUGAAGUGUACCUUUGCGUUCGGGUCCUUCUCUGUCGCCUAUCACCGCACAACCUGACCAGCUUUUGGCCUGUCAUACUGACUGAACUGUACCGUCUCUUCGAUCAGCUUAAAGCAAGCGUCCCUGCGGAUGGUUCGGAGGAACUUCCCCUGGUUCUGUCUGCGUGCAAGUGUCUCGACCUCCUUCUCACUCUGCAGACCCAGGAGUUUCAGAUACAUCAAUGGAUCUUCAUCACCGAUACGGUGGAUGCUGUGUAUCGCCCUGAUGGAUGGUAUCCGGAUGCGCUAUUGGACCAACUAGCUGAAAUUGCCGCGGACCUUCCGACUACCGAGUAUAGGGACGCGAGAUCCACCCCGCAGACUGUUCCAAGUCCGGGACCAGCGACGGCGAUCGAUCCGAAGUUGAUGCGUCGACCAAUGCUUCAUAACUUAAGACAGAUCGACAGCAUUAGGGACUUAGUUCCUUUUUUCUCUAGCGUCAGCAUCGCCUCUUAUGAGAGCGUGUACGCGAGUUCGGGAACCAUCGAUUGGCCAGAGGUGGAACGAAGUAUCCUAGAGGACAUGUUUGAUGGUCGAUGACGUUGAUAUAC